CACCUCCGUCCGUCCCCUUCACUUCACUAGCACCCAGGUUCGCCUCCCCGCCAACGUCGCUCUCGGCCCAUCCGCCCGCCCCCCGCGCGCGUCUCCACUACCCCCUCCCUGCCAGAUCGCCCGCUCCAGCCGCGCGCGGCGGCCGGCCGGCGGGCUAACCUCCAAGCCGCAUGGACUCCCCGGGCACCGCCGGCCCUUCGUCCUCCUCCGCGGGCGACGCGCAGCAGCCGGUGGCGCUGGCGGUGGCGCCCCCGCAGCCGCCGCCGCCGCAGCAGCAGCUGAGCAGGUACGAGUCGCAGAAGCGGCGGGACUGGAACACGUUCCUGCAGUACCUGCGCAACCACCGCCCCCCGCUGACGCUGGCGCGGUGCAGCGGCGCGCACGUCAUCGAGUUCCUCAAGUACCUCGACCAGUUCGGCAAGACCAAGGUGCACGCGUCCGGCUGCGCGCACUACGGCCAGCCCAGCCCGCCCGCGCCCUGCCCCUGCCCGCUCCGCCAGGCCUGGGGCUCCCUCGACGCGCUCAUCGGCCGCCUCCGCGCCGCCUACGAGGAGAGCGGCCACGCGCCCGAGUCCAACCCCUUCGCCGCGCGCGCCGUGCGGAUCUACCUCCGCGAGGUCCGCGACGGCCAGGCCAAGGCCAGGGGCAUACCCUACGAGAAGAAGAAGCGCAAGCGCACGCCGGCGCUCCCUGCCGGCGCUGCCGGGGAGGGGACGAGCUCGUCGUCGGCCGCCGCGGCUGUCCCGGGCCGCGGCGAAGGAGGAGAGCAAAGUGGCAGCGGCACCGCGGCGGCUUCACCGCUGCCGUCGCCCACCGGCGCCCAGGCGGAAGGGAGUAGCGUCACCGCUGCACCAAGCACCUCUCGAGUAUAGUAGAAUCGAUCACCUCGCCGACAAGAGACCUCCCUCCUUGUCGUAUUUGCUUCCCUACGUACGUGUCGGUAAUGUAUACAUCGUUCGCGCUUAAUUUGCAAGGUUUGAGCUAUAUUUCUCUUGCCAUUUGAUUUCACUGUCCUUCUCCCUUUUCUUGUUUAAUUUUUCCUCGAUCGAGUCCUUAUGAUUUUAGCUGCCGCCUAGGUCAGUGAGUAGCUGAGUAAGUAUGUGCCAGUCGGCAAAUGGUAAUUGAGAUUUGAAUAUUGGAGUUUUGGGAGCUGAA